AUGGGACAUUGCCACUUUGCAAGGGAGGAUGAACUGGAAAAGACCCUUGACGAGGCAAACUGCCUUUACUGGGGCACAUCCUUACUCAGUAUGGCCUAUACCUUUGUUGAUGAGAUGCUCAAGAUGGGCAAUUUACCACAUCUAAGGCUGGUUCAUGUGGCACUAGCCAUUCCUGAUGACCCCGACAAUGACCUUGGUGCAAACUAUCUUGUUGAGGAGCAGAUUAGCAGAAAAUUUGUCAAGUACAUCAACAACAACUCCACCAUCCCCACCCAUAGUCUAGAGGGCAGAGAAGCAGUCAUUGGAUUGUUUUUAUGCUUCAUGCAACAUGUCCAGCAUCACCUUACUAACAACAUGGUUUACCUGUCUGAUUUCCAGGGUUCUGGUAACCUCCUUACCAAUUGUCAAGUCCUAACAGGGUCGGCUUUCAUGAACAAUUUUGGUGGAGGAAACUGCACAUCUGCUUUUAACAGUUUCAGGUCCACACAUAAAUGUAAUAAGUUCUGUCGCGCCUUUGGCUUGCAACAUUUUGAUACCUAG